CCUGAACAAUCUGAUACCGUUUGGUAAUCUGAAUUGCGAAUUCCCCAACUUUUUUGCUUCUCUGCCGAAGAAAAUGGCGACCUCCGCUCUCCUGCCGCUCCUCCUGCUCGCGGUGCUAACCGUCGGCGCCGCCGCAAGGCCCUGCAAGACUCUGUUCUAUUUCUCUGCCACCACGACGACGACUUAUAGCCCCUACAAUUCGUUGUCCCAUAACCCUAAAUUUGAUUCCAUUUUCCGCGGCCAUGGCCCCCGUCAUCUCACUCUGAUCUUCACCUCAAUUCCGGAUCGGCUUCCCUAUCGGUUCGUUGAAAUCGAUUCAGACGGUGAGGAUUCUGAGCCGCCUAAGGUGUUGAGGUCGUCCGAAUCCCCUCUCAAGUUCUACACCUCUGUUUCGAGCUCAAUUCGCGAUCGUUCUAAAGAUAUCAUCAGCGUUGUCGGAGCCUUGCUGUUCGGCGUCGGAUGUGGGGCUCUCACUGCGGCUGUCAUGUACUUGGUGUGGGCGCUCUUCUCCCCCCGCCGAUUUGUCAUUGACGAUGGUUCCUCCUCAUCUGACGACGACGACGAUGACGACGACGUUGCGACUAUCAAGAGAAAAUUGGGGUAUGUGGCGAUCUCGGCAAGCCCUAAGGAGGAUGAUGGUGACCUCAAGAAGCCUGCUCUUGGCCCUGCCCCACCAACAAACGGGGAGGUUUGAUGUUUGCAUCUCUAUGUACAACUACAAGUGCUUUGUGAAUUCGAACUAUAACCCUAAGGAAGGUGAAUUUGAUUACUCCAAACUAUGUGUGUUUGACAAAAAUGACUUGCUUCUGUUGUUGAUGCUGCCAAAUAGUGUGAAUUAAUAAUCGUGAUUCGUGACCAUAUGUUGAAUCUCUCUUAUUCUGCAAUUUGGUUAAUAUUUGAUGUUGGUUCUGUGUUGGGUUUCUGUAAUUAAAUCGAAAUUGUCGAGAAAAGUGUUGUUUUCGUUCA